AUGGACGGAGAGGGCACUUUGUGGUUCAGCUUGAAUGAUGCCACAGGUCGGUAUAUGCACCGGCAAAUGAGGGAGCCCGUCACGACAUACGAGGAGCUCCUGCACAUCAUCAAGAGGCUCCACAGUGGGCAAGAGAAGGAUGCUGACAGACUAGCGCUGACACAAUUGAAAGAGCUGAAAGAAAGACUCUCCAAAGGAGAGACAGAGCUUCAGUCAAUGUCUCAGCGCCUGAAUUCCUGCCUGGCACAACAGGAAAUGCAGACCCCAGAUGCCAAGCUGGCUUCAAACGAGGCAGUCGCGGGGCAAAUGCGCCAGGAGAUAGAGCCCAGCGCAGAAAAGGAGCUAAGAAAUGAGCUAAGAGAAGGCGGAAGCGCGACGUAUUGGUUGGCCUCGGUUACUGUGGCGUUUGCCCUUCCUUGGGUGCUGAUGGCGUGUUGGCGCAGACGGGGCACUCCUGCCUUGGACCCGCCUGACUUGGGUGCCGUCUCUGCCAACUGCGGUCAUUGCCACUGUCAGGAGUAUGGCUCAGAGCGCUUGUGCAACGAACAGGUCUCAGCGAAUCCUGAAGCCAAACUCAAUUCUCCCGAGCGGAAACUGUGUCAGGAAGCUGACCAGCCUUUUUCUCAUCGCAUCGAAGCGGAGCUGAGGGGAGGCAGACGGACCCAGCGAGUAAUCAUCCAGUGCCCUGGAGUUUGUGAGUCUGACAUCAACAUCAAGGUGUUGUUUAACGGGGCUGAGGUGCGCAUAGCACAGUCUGGCCAGUCUGGCCAGUCUGGUCCAGACGGCUUGCUUGCAGAGUGGGUGCAUCGCUUCGUUAUUCCAGCUGACGAAGGGCUUUUUGCCUUCGUCGACGCGCAAACUCGAUUGCACCGAGGCUCACUGCAACUGUUUUUUCAAGAGCAGGACUUCGUGCCGCGCACUUUCCGGUUCCCGGAGCAUUUUGACAUGGCGUCUGACUCUGGCGAUGAGAAUGAGAUUGAAGCUUACUGA